AUGAAGAUCACUGACGGAAUAGCGACAGUGACGUCUCCAAGGUCUGAGAGCAAAGUUCCCACCACACAAGCAACGGACCACACGACAACGAUUAGAAUAGAAGCUGAAGAAGGUGAUGUAACUUCAACAGUAGAUAAUGGAACUGAAGUGACGGCAAAAGAAUACGCGGAUAAUGCUAGCUUCGUUGCUACUCCAGCUAUCACAGGAUUGAUUUUCAGUUUAUGCUUUUUGUUUAUGUCAUUUUACUACCAAAGUGGAAAUAUUCGAAAAGAUCAAUUUUCUUUAAAUACCCGACGAUAUUAUAAACUCAAUAUACCAAAAUAUACCAAAUUUGUAGAACCAACCCGGCCUGAAGUGACGACAGCUGAACUCGAUUGGUGGCAGACAGCAGUUAUAUACCAAAUCUAUCCAAAAUCUUUUCAGGAUAGUGAUGGUGAUGGGAUUGGCGAUCUACAAGGCAUUAUAUCCCGUUUGGACUACCUUGAAGACACUGGCUUCACUGGCUUUUCCCUGACGCCUAUUUACCCAUCACCACAGAUUGAUGGAGGUUACGACGUUUCGAACUUCACUGGUAUCGAUCCAAUUUUCGGUCAAUUUGAGGAUUUCCAAGAGCUAGUGAACACGGCUCAUCAAAAAAAUUUGAAAGUUAUUUUGGACUUUGUCCCUAAUCAUUCCAGUAAUGAGCACAUCUGGUUCCAAAAUUCUGUUGCACGUGUCGAGCCCUACACUGACUACUACGUCUGGAAGGAUGGAGUCAGUUCAGGCAACGUAGUUCAGCCGCCAAACAACUGGCUUAGUGUAUUCGGUGGCUCUGCGUGGACGUGGAAUGAGCAGAGACAACAGUACUACCUACACCAGUUUCAUGAGAGUCAACCAGAUCUUAAUCUGCGCAACUCUGCUGUAGUUACAGAAAUCACUGAUGUUCUCAGAUUCUGGCUUGACCAAGAUGUCGAUGGUUUUCGCAUUAGUUCAGUCGCUCAUCUUUUUGAAGAUGCCAGCUUUCUGGAUGAACCUUUGAACGAGGAAGCUAGUUCAGGAGUUACAGAAACAGACUACGAAUACCUUCGACAUAUUUACACAACUGAUCUUGAUGAAACUAUAGAUAUUAUUUAUCAGUGGCGAGCUGUCGUCGAUGAAUACUCAACCCGACCGGAUAGUGAAACCAAAAUACUUGUUACUGAUUCAACUGCUCGUCAAAAUGUCAUUACCAGAUAUUUCGGUAACCAAACUCAUGAAGGAGCCCACAUACCAUUGAACUUUGGCUUUAUUUCAAACCUGAGACGAGAAUCGACAGCAUAUGACUUCGUAGAAAUGGCAGAAGAAUGGUUCUCUGCCUUGCCCCACGGUAGAACCUCAAACUCAAUUUUCGGAAAUCACGAUGUCAGCCGUAUAGCCUCAAGGUUCUUUUUGAAUCGAGUCGACAGCCUUAAUAUGCAGCUUCUCUUGUCACCGGGCACCGCAUUCACUUAUCAAGGCGAAGAAUUGGGUUUACUCGAUACAUUAAUAUCGUAUGAAGAAACCGAAGACCCUGGUGCAAUCGCCGCGGGGCCAAAUCGUUUUGAACUAUUCACCCGUGACCCAGCAAGAACUCCCUUUCAUUGGGAUGGGUCAACUUCAGCCGGAUUUUCCUUAAACUCCUCAACUUGGCUACCAGUAAAUCCUAACUACCUAGUCCGAAAUGUGGCUAUCCAAUCGGCAGCUACUAGAAGCAUGUAUCAAACUUAUAAGGCGCUGCUCGAUAUCAGACAAUCUGAAACUAUCAAGCGUGGAUCGAUUACCUUCAAAUCUGCAAACGAUGGCAUGGUGCUGGCAAUCGUUCGAGAGUUGGAAGGGUAUGAAAGCUAUGCCAUAUUAGCUAAUUUUGGAGUCCAUUUUGCCAAUGUAAAUCUAACUGCAUUGACAAAUUUCCCGACUGAAAAUGUUACUAUAUGCCUUGCGAGUGCAAACUCUUUGGUGGAAACAGGAACGACAAUCAAUGUUAACUCGGUCGUACUGACGGCAAGCGCUGCGGUUGUUCUGUGUAAUAAAGUAGCCGAUGUAACAGAACCUGAAACAACAACGCCAAUUACGGAUACUGAAGCAGUAAUUCUUGAUGAUUGGUUCACAACCGCAUCCAUCUAUCAAAUCUACCCUAAAUCAUUCCAAGACAGUAAUGAUGAUGGCGUGGGUGAUCUGCAAGGUAUUAUUUCUCGGCUCGAUCACUUGCGAGAAACAGGAAUUACAGCGAUCUGGCUAAACUCGAUAGCUACGUCACCGCAGAUCGACGGAGGUUACGACAUUACGAAUUUCACAGACAUCGAUCCGAUUUUUGGAAACCUCGAAGAUUUUGCAGAACUCGUACGGCAAGCGCAUGCAAGAGAACUGAAAAUUAUCAUCGACUUUGUUCCGAACCACUCGAGCAAUGAACAUGUCUGGUUCCAAAAUUCUAUCGCACGUAUUGAACCCUACACAGACUACUACAUUUGGAAAGAUGGAAUCGUAUCAGAUAACAGACUUCAGCCUCCGAACAACUGGUUAAGCGUGUUCGGUGGUUCUGCGUGGACAUGGAGUGAACAGCGACAACAGUACUACUUGCAUCAAUUCCAUACCAGUCAGCCGGAUUUGAACUUUCGUAAUCCUGAUGUAGUAACGGAAAUGACUAAUGUCCUCAAGUUCUGGCUUGAUCAGGAAGUAGACGGUUUUCGCAUCUGUUCAGUUGCUCAUCUUUUCGAAGAUGAGGACUUCUUUGAUGAACCACGUAAUGCAAACCCAGAUCCUUACAUUCUGGAAACGGAUUACGACUAUCUCGAACACAUUUACACAACCGAUCGUGAUGAAACCGUAGACAUCGUCUAUCAAUGGCGAACGGUCGUCGAUGAACAUGCCGAACAAUCUGAUGGCCAAGCACGAAUUCUGAUUACAGACUCCUCAGCUAACCAAAAUGUGGUGUCUAGGUACUUUGGUAAUCAAACUCACCAAGGAGCUCAUGUGCCAUUGAAUUUCGCUAUGAUUACCAAUUUGACUCGGCUUUCAUCAGCAUCCAGCUAUAUCAAUGCAUUUAAUGAAUGGUUUGCCAUAUUGCCAGAAAAUCGAACAUCAAAUUGGAUUCUUGGUAAUCACGACAAUACUCGCAUCGCUUCAAAGUUUGGCCUGAACCGUGCUGAUGGUUUGAACAUGCUGCUACUCCUACGCGGAACUACGUUUACUUACAUGGGUGAAGAGCUGGCCCUUUUAGAUACCGAGGUUUCAUUUAACGAUACACAAGACCCACAUGCGAUUAAUGCUGGGCCAGAUCGAUUUCAGCUGUUCACGCGAGAUCCUGCGCGAACUCCCUAUCAAUGGGAUAAUACCAGUUUGGCAGGAUUCUCAACAAGUAAUUCAUCGUGGCUGCCAGUCAACGACAACUACGUCUUUAGAAAUCUUGCAGUCCAAAAGACUGCUGAGAGGAGUAACUAUCACACUUAUCAGGCCAUACUCCAAUUAAGGCAACGAGAGUGCAUCAAGUACGGAACCACCCAAUUUCUAUCUCUCAACUCUGAUAUGGUUUUGGCCUUCACGAGAGAAAUUUUGAGCGGUGAACGCUAUGCCGUCAUUAUCAACUUGGGCCUUGGACAGCUUAUAGUAGAUUUGUCUAAUCUGGAGACAUUUGUUAACGAAGACGUCUAUGUUUUCCUAGCGAGUGCCAACUCUGUGAUCAAUACCGGUUCUACCGUUAACAUAAGUGCUGUGCCCUUAUCGGCCAAUGCAGCACUUGUGUUGAGCACGCGCCAGAUUGAAGAUACCACACAACAGCUCUCGACACUUGACACCAUUACGACUCCAAGUAUUACAUCGACAGAAACGGUAACUGAAACAGCAACGUCCACACCUAUAUUUCCCACAAUCCCUGAUAGACCUAUUCUCGUGAGCGGUGAAAUCACCGGCAAUUUGGAUUGGUGGCAAGAAGCCGCUGUAUACCAAAUAUAUCCAAAAUCAUUUCAAGACAGUAACGGUGAUGGCGUUGGUGAUUUGCAAGGUAUCAUUUCUCGACUAGAGCACCUGAGUGAUACUGGAGUUACAGCGAUCUGGCUGAAUUCGCUAUUAGCGUCACCGCAAGUUGACGGUGGUUUUGAUAUUUCAAACUUCACUGCCGUGGACACAAUUUUUGGAACACUUGACGAUUUUGCAGAACUAAUACAAGAAGCCCACAAUAAAGAAAUAAGAGUGAUCAUCGACUUUGUCCCGAACCACUCCAGCAAUGAACAUGUCUGGUUCCAAAACUCCGUAGCGCGGAUCGAACCCUACACAGAUUACUACGUGUGGAGAGAUGGAAUUACUUUGGACAACGGAAUUCAACCUCCAAAUAACUGGCUGAGCGUAUUCGGUGGUUCUGCUUGGUCAUGGAAUGAACAGAGGCAACAAUACUACCUUCACCAGUUCGACACAAGCCAAGCGGACUUGAACUUCCGCAACCCUGCUGUAGUGAGCGAAAUCACAAACGUCCUUAGGUUUUGGCUUGACCAAGGUGUCGAUGGGUUUCGAGUUAGUUCCGUUGCUCACAUUUUCGAGGACGUACAUUUUCCAGACGAACCUCUCAAUGAGAGUCCUGGACCCAAUGUCUUGGAAACGGAUUAUGAAUAUCUUCAACAUAUUUACACGACUGAUCUAGACGAAACCAUUGACAUUGUCUAUCAAUGGCGAACUCUUCUUGAUGAAUACACUGCACAAUUGGAUGUUCAAACUCGUGUUCUCGUCACUGACUCAGCUGCCAGUCAGGAUGUUGUAGCGAGGUACUUUGGCAAUCAAACUCACCAAGGAGCUCACCUACCGUUAAACUUUGGCCUCAUAGCAAAAUUGGGGCAGCCGUCGCUGGCGUCGGACUACAUUCAAGUGCUGACAAGCUGGUUCGCAACGUUGCCCGAGAAUGGAACUUCGAACUGGAUUCUUGGGAACCAUGAUGAAAGACGACCCGCUUCCCGCUUCGGCACUAAUCGAGUUGAUGGUCUGAACAUGUUGCACCUUCUACCUGGAACUGCGUUUACCUACAUGGGCGAAGAAUUAGCUCUCCUAGAUACUGAGAUUUCUUUUGCUGACACUCAAGAUCCUUAUGCGAUCAAUGCUGGACCCGAUCGAUACAGUCUCUUCACGCGUGACCCUGCGAGAACUCCGUACCACUGGGAUAAUUCAACUUCUGGUGGAUUUUCAACAAACGAAUCGACGUGGUUACCAAUGAAUAGCAAUUAUGUCACCAGAAAUCUUAUCGCCCAAAUAGCAGCAGAGCGAAGCAAUUUCAACACUUAUAAGUCUAUAUUGAAGCUGAAGCAAAGUCAAACUAUUAAACGUGGCGCUACUCAUAUCUGGGCCCUAAAUAAUAAUAGCGUCUUGGUCUUUACUCGUCAACUGCAAGAUGAACCUGUAUACGCGGUUGCUAUUAAUCUGGGACUGGUAACUGUAAGCGUGAAUUUUUCUCAAUUUUCCGGUCUUCCAUCCGAGGGAAUGCGAGUUUGCUUAGCCAGUGCAAACGCAGUUAUAUCUACUGGGACUAUUGUCAAUAUUAUGUCAGUUUCGUUGUCAGCCAACGCAGCCGUUGUACUUUGUAACUCAGAAGUGCCUGAAACUACUACAGUAUCGAUAACAACAACGACAGUAGCAGAUAUGCCUAGUACCACAGUGGAACUUUCAACAGAGACACCUACAACUUCACCAACGCCAGUUCACACGGAAUCAGAGCCUCCAACUACUAUACCACCGCUCAUUACGACGCCUUCUACCUCUACUACGACCACUUUCAGUACGACUAUGAACGCUUUCAGUACAACUCUAAUACCUUCAACAGAAACUUCGGCCACUUCAACAACUUUGAUUAUCUCUACUACUGCCAAUACUACUACAGUUCCUAGUACAACCGUGGAAUCCUCGACUAAAACACCAACAAUACUGCCGACUAUGGCGACAGACAAACCAGAACCAGAGACUGAACCUGAUUAUUCUGAAGAGAAUACUACUGAAGAUUCAGCAUCAGCAGCAGUGACUACUUACAUUUCAUCCUUACUCAUCAUAGUUCCUAUAUGGAAUAUUUCACUGUGAAUUCAGAAUUGUGUUGCAAACGAAGUAUUUAUCAGUAACAUGUAACAGUUCUCAUACUUCACUGAUUGAUAAGGUUUUUUGACCGAUUGGCAUUAAAAACUCUCAAACAAUAGUCUGGUAGACUUAGUUUCAAAUUUUGAUUCGUUUGGCAAUCUUACCAAAAUAAAGGAAAACGAAGGAU